AUGUUGUAUGUAGACAAGUACCGGCCCAAGGACCUGAGUGAGCUGAACUAUCACCUGCACCUCACCGAGCAGCUCGAGAGUCUGGUGGCGAGUGCAGAUGUGCCGCAUUUGCUGUUUUACGGGCCGAGUGGUGCAGGAAAAAAGACGCGUAUUACGUGUCUGCUCAAGGCCUUGUAUGGCCCUGGUGCCCACAAGCUCAAGGUCGACCAGCGUGUGUUUUUGAAUCCGAGCAAGCGCAAGAUUGAAGUCAACCUCAUUAGCAGCAACUACCACACAGAGAUCACGCCGAGUGAUGCAGGCAUAUACGAUCGCCUCGUUAUCCAGGAUAUUCUCAAGGAAAUCGCCCAGACGCAGCAAGUCGAUCAAAAUGCCGCACGACGAUUUAAAACUGUCGUGAUCAACGAGGCAGACUCGCUUUCGCGCGAUGCUCAGGCCGCACUGCGUCGAACGAUGGAAAAGUAUAUGCGCAAUAUGCGCCUCAUUCUAUGUGCGAAUAGCACUUCGCGCAUCAUCGCACCGAUUCGUUCCCGGUGCCUUUUGCUGCGUGUCGGUGCACCGAAAGAUGAAGAUGUGAUGCGCGUCCUUCGGCACGUCGCCAAGCGCGAAAAGUUCCACCUGCCCGACAACAUAUCGAGCGACAUUGCACGAAACGCCGAUGGCAAUGUGCGCAAAGCCAUCCUUGUCUUGGAGACAUUACGUGUGCAGUCUCCCGAUUUGUCUGGGCCUGUGGCCAUUGCGCAGCCAGACUGGCAAGUGUAUUGUGAGCGCACAGCCGACAUGAUCGUCAGUGAGCAGUCCCCUGCACGGCUCCUGGAGGUGCGUGGACGCCUGUACGAGCUGCUGGUGCACGCCAUUCCGGCCUCUCUGAUUUUCAAGACACUGGCACACGACAUUGUCCGCCGAGUCGAUGAGUCGCUUCGCGCGAGUAUUAUCGAAAAAGCCGCUUUCUACGAACUGCGAUGUGUGUCAGGGAACAAGCCCAUAUUCCAUCUUGAGGCCUUCGUGGCUCAGGUCAUGUUUCUCCAAAAGAGCCUGCUCUUAGGCAUGGACCUAGAAUAG